GGUCUCGCAGGCGCGGGCUUUCUGGCGCCUAGGAGCCACGUCGGGGCCCACGUGUGGUCCUCCGCGAGGCUGCCCGGGGAAGCCGGUCGGGCGGCGGGGGCGAGGCUCGCGGCAGGGUCGCCCCGGCGCCCACGGCCCGGCCCCGAUAGCCGGGGGCCGGGCGGGCGCAGACCGGAAGUUGCGCCGGCGGCGGAGCCGUUACCGCAGCGUGCCGGAAGUGGCCGUGGGCCGGCGUCCGGGCCGCGCCCGCAGUGAGCAGCGUCCCUGCGGCCGGCGACGCCAUGGAGCCUGGGGCGGCCGAACUGUACGACCAGGCCCUGCUGGGCAUCCUGCAGCACGUGGGCAACGUCCAGGACUUCCUGCGCGUGCUCUUCGGUUUUCUCUACCGCAAGACCGACUUCUACCGCCUGCUGCGCCACCCGUCCGACCGCAUGGGCUUCCCGCCCGGGGCGGCGCAGGCCCUGGUGCUGCAGGUAUUCACAGCCUUCGAGCACAUGGCCCGUCAGGAUGAUGAGAAGAGGAGGAAGGAGCUGGAGGAGAAGGCGAGGAAGGAAGCAGAGGAGGCUGUGGCAGCAGCAGCUGAGCAGGAGCCAGUCCCAGCCCCAGGCCAGGAGGUGGAGGUUGGCCCCAGCAUGGACUCAGGCGGGCUGCAGGGAGCGCCAGGCCCACGGGGUGCUGUGCCUGAGGUGGCCCCCAGUUCGGGGGAGGCAGAGCCACUGGGAGCGUAUGCGGGUGCUGCCGAACUUCCCAAGGAACCCUUGGCUCUUCCCAAGAGGCAGGAACAGUUCCAGAGAAACCCUGACAGCUACAAUGGUGCUGUGCGUGAGAACUACACCUGGUCUCAGGACUACACCGACCUGGAGCUCAAGGUGCCGGUGCCGAAGCACGUGGUGAAGGGCAGGCAGGUCUCGGUGGCCCUCAGCAGCAGCUCCAUCCGGGUGGCUGUGCUGGAGGAGAAUGGGGAGCACGUCCUCAUGGAAGGGAAAUUCACCCACAAGGUCAACACUGAGAGCUCUCUCUGGAGCCUGGAGCCUGGGAAGUGCGUCCUGGUGAGCCUGAACAAGGUGGGUGAGUACUGGUGGAGCGCUGUCCUGGAGGGCGAGGAGCACAUUGACAUCGACAAGAUCAACAAGGAGCGCUCCAUGGCCACAGUGGACGAGGAGGAGCACGCCGUGCUGGACAGGCUCACCUUCGAUUACCACCAGAAGCUGCAAGGCAAGCCACAGAGCCACGAGCUGAAAGUCCAUGAGAUGCUGAAGAAGGGGUGGGAUGCCGAAGGCUCCCCCUUCCGAGGCCAACGAUUCGACCCGGCCAUGUUCAACAUCUCCCCGGGGGCUGUGCAGUUUUAAUGCCCAGAGGAAAGGACGUGCCUGCGGCCGUGCCCCCGGCUCCCUCCCACCAGGGACUCGCUGCCGGGUUCGCCCUUGCCCUCCUUUCUUUCAAGGGUGAACCCGCGGCGCCCGGCCCUGCGUCUCCAGACUGUCGGGAGCAGCACGGGGCGAGCGGGACACCGGCCACCCGCUCUCCUCCUGCUGCUGCACACGCUCUGCUUGCUUUCCUCGUGCUGGGCCCGGGGAGCGGGUGCUGGGCCGGCUGCUGCCGAGGGGGGCGCGAGGGUCCUCGCCUUCAUCUCUCCUGCACACCUGUGUGUGCGUUCUCGCUUGGUGUGUGUGCGCGUCCGCUGGAUGCUCAGCCCGGUCAGGGAGAACAGACUGGGGGUUCUGGUCAGCGCUGCUGGAUGUGGGGACAUGGUCCCGAGUGGUCACAGACACAGCAGGAACUGUCCUCUGUGGGGCCUGGUCCUUGUUGGGGAGCCAACCAGGUGCCCUCGGGAGACACAGCCACGGCCUUUCCUCCUGCCUCUGCUCUGCCCAUGGGGCCUGAGCCACCCCAGGCCCGCAGGCCACGUGCCUGCUGCUCUGGGGGCUGUCAGCUGGCAGGUUUCCUGGGACCUUCCCUCGGGGGCUGUCCUGGGGGCUGAGGAGGACUCCUUUCUAGGCGAUGGUUCCUCCAGAAACGGCCCCCUUCAAACGGCUUGAGUAGGCGGGAGCUCACUCGUCAGUCGUGUGGGGGCCGGUUUGAGGCUCGAGGUGGCCAGAAGUGAGUGGGGAUUCCUGUGUAUGUCCGAAGCAGCCCCUGGGAAGCAUCGGGUGGCUCUUGUGCCACGAAGGAGGUGCAGACACCAGGUGGCUGGGAGGAGCGUCGCCAAGGGGGCGCAGAGCUCUGCCUCCAUAGUUGGGCCGGAGCCUGUUGGUGGAGCUGAGACCCAUCCUCAGGGUCCCCAGGAUUUGCACACCUGUCCCAUGUCCCAGGGUUCUCAUGGCACACAUGUGUGUGAGAACCGGUCUCGAUGGUCUUGUCGGGGUCUCCUGGUGUGAUGAGGUGGGGCUUGCACUGUACCCCAGCUACUCGGGAGACUGGGGAGUCAUGGACUCUAUGGUCCGUCGUUUUCUCUGACGUUUUCAGUGUUGCGUUUUUGCCCACCCCGCCUGCCGUGGCAGCGGCUCACCAGCGUCAGAGUGGCGGGCUGGGGCACCGGGCCAUGCGGCCGAUGGCGGGCCGUCCUCGUGGGUGUCCUCUGCCCAUUGCUGCCGGCCUGGGCCCUGGAGCCGGUGCUGCCUGCGUGUUUUCUCUCUCCAGACGCGGCCGCCGCAGAUUGGCCACUGAGCUCCGUCAGCCAAGGUCCGGGGAGACCAGGGUGCCCGCCCACGAAGUCCCCUGUCCAGUGUUGGUUUGCAAUAAAUCUGUAUUUAAGCA